GCGGCAGGCGCGCAUCAUCAGAGCGCACGAUGGAGGAGCGGGCAACAAAAUAACGCGUGGCGUGUGCAAAACACCAUGCAGUGUGAGGAGGAUGUGUGUGUGUGCGCGGAAAGGGAAAGUAAUGUAGUCCAAAGUACGGAUACGACCACUGGGAACAUCGCGUAAGUUGGCGGUCAGCGCGAGCGAGCGUUCAGCAAAAAAAUAUAGGUCGGUCGGAAGAUUAGAGAUUUCCUGUGCGGGGCUGCUGAUCGAGCCGGAGCGAUAUACGACGUGUGCGCGUGACGAGUGACAAGAAUUUAUUUGCGGGAGGAUAGGAGUACGGACGGACGUUUCGUCGCACGUGUUCUGUCGGGUUUAGUUUCGUUUUCGGAGAGAUAUGAGUCAAGCGGAGCAACCGGAGUGGGGCUAUCACGAAUGUAACGGACCAUCACUAUGGGCUGAGCGUUAUCCAAAAGCUGGAGGCCAGAAACAGUCACCCAUUGACAUUUGCGAAUGUGAUAUUGUGCAAGAUCCAAUGCUCAAUGAAUGCCCCAUAAAUCUCGACUACACUGGUUCCCACACGACGGGCCUUAUCAACACCGGAGCUGGAUGGAGGGUGGACUGCAAGGCUCAAGGAAUCAAUCUCUAUGGUGGGCCACUUACUGAGCGCUACCAAAUUGUGCAGUUCCACAGCCACUGGGGAACCUGCAGCAAAACGGGCAGUGAGCACACCGUUGACGGCAAACAUUAUGCCGGGGAGCUACAUCUGGUACACUACAACACUGACUUGUACAAGAAGGCUUCUGAAGCCGCCUGUUCUGAAAAGGGGCUGAGUGUCAUAGCAGUUUUUCUCAAGGAGGGAAAGAUGCACAAGGAGAUGCGAAAGGUGACAGACGCGAUGGGUGACGUGGUUUACAAGGGCAUGAAGUGCAACUUGCAGGAUGUCGACAUCCAGUCGCUGAUACCUCAAAACAGCUCUUAUUGGACAUAUGAGGGUUCCUUAACAACUCCGCCCUGCUACGAGAGCGUCACCUGGAUUAUAUUUAAAGACCCCAUUGAGCUUUCACCAGAACAGUUUGAGGCCUUCCGGCAACUCAUGUCUUACAAGGAAGAAGAGGGCCCAAGGGGGCUGGCAGACGGCCCUGUGCUCAAGAACUUCAGGCCGCCUCAGCCUCUCUUGGGGCGCGUCAUCAGGGAACCUGCCCACUGAGGUGAAGCCCCUCAAAGACUGACAUGAACAAAGGGAUUUCAACCUUUCUGUUGGUUUUUUUACAAAUUCUUCCGAGAUCGGUACAAUGUAAAAUUUUGUUGUGGCUUGGGUCUGUAGCCUCAUAAACCUUUGAGGAAUAGAAAUUGGCACUCCCAAAAUUCAUCUAUUGGGUGGGCAUCUUCACUUUUGA